AUGCUCUGCAACAAAGCCCUCCACCGCAGCCAUGGCAUCACCGCCGCAGCCGCGCACACACGCGUGGCCUCUCGGACCCUGAUGACCGCUGCGCCGCGGAAGUCUCGGCCGACUUGUCUGACCUACGGUGCUACGUCGGCGUGCCUCUUGCACGCUCGGCGACGUGGCCUCGCGACGCACGCCUCGAGCGAGCCGCAAAGCAUCGCCGUCAUUGGCGGUGGCAUCACAGGUCUGACGACGGCGCACUUCCUUGCCAAGUCUGUGCCUGUCGGCACCAAGAUCACCGUCUACGAGGCGAGUGAUCGCAUCGGUGGCUGGCUCGAUACCCAAAAGGUUGAGUUUGAGCAGAAUGGCCAGAAGAGCGUCGUGCAGUUUGAGCGCGGCCCUCGCACGCUGCGGAGCUAUGCCCGGGACACCUGGAAAAUGGAUGACUUGGUGCUCUUCACGCUGCUCAACGACCUUGACAUCAUGCCCAGCUUCAGGCCAGGCGGCACGCGCUAUGUUCGCAUUGAUGGCAACAUCACCGCCGUCACGCCGAAGAACAUGAUCAAGCUUCUCUGGAAGCCCAUGCUCAAGGGAUUCUGGCGUAUGAAGCGCAACCGCCUUGGCACCUUCGCGGACCGCUCUGAUAAGCGUCUCCCCAAGGACAUGUCUGUCGGCGAAUUCCUCCGCAUGGCGGCGGGCGAGUCUCGCACCGUCGAUCAGUUCGCCUCGGCUGUGCUGCACGGCAUCUGGGGCGGCGAUAUUGACCGGCUGUCCAUGCAGUCUGUCAUGCCCAAGCCCUGGCACAACUACUGGCUGAAGGAGCCUCUUCCGCACCUGGCGCACCUUCCCGCGCAUGAACUCGCUCUGGUGACGCAGCUUCUCACCGAAGAGGUCCGCGACAUGGUCAAGCUGAGCCACCAGGGAGCGUUGAUCGCCUUCCCCGAGGGCAUGGGUUCCAUUCCCAAGGCCAUGGCCAAGAGCCUGCGGGACAAGCCCAAUGUCGAGAUAAAGCUGGGUCAAUCCAUCAGCAAGGUGGAAUUCGACUCGGCUGCCCGCAAGGUCAUGCGCAAAAACGAUGUCGAAACUUUCCGUUGCCUUCCUUCUCUCUCCACUGCCGAUGGCGCCUCGCCCGCGGCGUACGACAAGGUCAUCUCCACCAUCAACAGCAAGCACCUCUUCAGGCUUGCGCCCAAACACCUCCCGGCUCUCGCGUCGACCGAGUCGGUCACCAUCACGGCCGUCAACGUCUGGUAUCCCAAGGAAGGCCUCAACCACCCGUACCAAGGCCUCGGUUAUCUCCUGCCGCGCCACGACAACUCGAGCAACGACCUCGACGGUCUGCUCGGUGUCUUCUUCGACUCGGACGCGCUGCCCAAGCCGUUCGACGAGCCGAACGGCACCAAGAUGUUCGUGCUCAUGAAGGGCACGUACGCCGAGGAGGACGCGAAGGCCAAGGUGCGCGAGAUCCUCCACGAUCACCUCGGCAUCGACCCGGAUGAGCGGUGCAUCAUGCUCGCGCGCACCAACAAGGACUGCAUCCCGCAGCACCACGUCGGGCACCGCGAGCUCAUGGCGCGCGCCGACGGCGAGCUGUCGGCUGCGUUCAACGGCCAGCUUGCCGUGGCUGGGCCUUCGUACUCGGCGGUCGGCGUCGUCGGGUCGAUGCGCGCGGGUUACGACAUGGCCACGCAGGUGACGGACCCUGGGAAGGCCGCGGUCGGCGACACGGGUCUCGCUCGGUUCCGAGGCGACGAGAAGCUGCAAGCCGUCGACCGGCACGGGCUGCAGGGGGUCGGCAGGCUGAUUCCUGACCGCGUGUCCAAGAUUGUGCAGUGGCUUCGCUAG